AUGGACGAUAAUGCGAAGAAUAUAUCUUCGUACCAAUUAGACCAGGAAAUACUGGAUGCCCGUGGUAUCAACAUGACUGUAGAGGAAGUGGCCGGGCUCUCCACGUGCAAGUACUCCGAGAGGGUGCAGUCGCUGAAAGUCAGUGAAGAUGACCUGGCCUUCUUGAAAGGGCUGCGGAGGAGGAUUAAGAAUAGGCUGGCUUCUCAGAAUAGUCGUCGCCGCAACGUGGAGCAUCUUCGCCGGCUGGCCCGUGAGCUCCGCGCCGUUAGAGCUUGCAGGGACGAUGCACUAUCAGAGAGGAGAGCCCUCGUCACUCAGAGAGACACUGUGAGGGACAAGUGUAUUAGACUCAGAAGAUAUCUGGUCCAGAUACUCCAGGAUCGCUCUGACACCUCCGAGGUGCCAUCCAUAGAUGUAGAAAUAACACAAUUAGAAUCUCCCAAAACUCCACCAAAAAUUGUUACCGUUACAGAAACAAAAACACCGCUCCUCCCAGAGUGCUUCGAAAACACAAACAAAAACUCCGUGCAAAGCAUUGAAUCAAAAGUUUUCUCAAACACAGACGUUAAAAAUUUCGAAAACACCGAUUCUAAAAAAUUCCAAAGUCCGGCUUCGAAAAUUUUCAAAACCCGGAUUUGA